CAUGUGUACUUUCAAGUGAGUCACGAACAUUCCCGGAACGAUCCGACCUUACCUGCCUACUUUGGUUUUUUGUGCCUCUCUCGAAUGUUCACACGCCAAGUCUGAAAACCAGCUACGAACGCUUUCAUCUCGUAGUUUUAACCUAAAUAUCUGAUAAUUAGUUAAACGUCUUUAAAAAGUGCAAAACUUAUUGUUACUAGUUCGGCAUUGUUAUUAAAAGUUGGCGGACUACUGUCACUGAGAGACGUCUAUACAAGUGCAAAACGUGAAACAUUUGAAAAAUGACAUGCGAAUCGGUUACUCGAACUUUGUAAAAUGUGGAACGGUAUUUUUUACGGAUAAAGUGGUACCAAAAGUGUUAAUUGGAUAGAAGGAUACUAGUGAAAAGUCUGGGUUGGGUGAAAUAAUAUUCGAUGGAGAAAUUCCUCAAAGCCAUGACGUAUUCGUUAUUCAGUUAGCGUCGGAAAAUGGCAAAAUUCAUCAGAAGAAGUUUGAUUUUUUGCACCUUCUUUGUCGCUAGCGCCGCUUUGGCCCUACUGUUGACGGCGUUGGGAACCAAGCAUUGGGCCGAGGCGGGCGCCAAAAGACUGAAAAACCCCGUGGAAAGUGACGGAAAAAUACAUUUCGGGCUGUUCGAGGGCAAGAAAGAGCUCAACGUCGCAUAUGGGUGGAGAACAUAUGAAAUCAAUGUCAUCAACAUGCUCAAAUAUGAGCCGCAAUUCUUAAAUUAUUGGUUAUGGCUCGGAACUGUAUCGACGUUAUGUGCGAGUCUGCUUUUUGCCACAUUUUCGGUAGUUUUCGCAGUGGUGAAUACUACGACUACAACCCAAAGGUGGAUGACCAAGGUAUCUGGAUUGAUGCUAUGGAAUUUUCUUACUCUCUUAGGUGCCCUGUGCGGUAUCGGCUUUUGGUUAGUUCAGCACUAUACAAAAGUACAGUACAACGUUCUUUCAAGGGAAGACAUGAGCAAUGAAUGGACUUCAGAUGGUAUGGCCGAUCUUGGGUAUUCAUUUUGGUUUGUUGUUGGUGCAGCAUCAGCUUCAUUUGUAAAUAUAGUGUUGUUGAUCAUUUCUACCACCGAAAAGGACAUUGAAACGGUCAUACCCGUUCUCGAGGAAAAAACGAAUGGAGCAAUAAUGUUGUAUUAGUUAAGAUAAAAUAAAUGUG